UGUGUGACUUCCCAUGUGACUUUUGUCAGUUUCUCGGCUAAACAUUUCAAAUUCUCUCUCAAAAACCACACUCAUUCCCUUCUUCCCUUCAUUUCCAAAGUUCAAACCCAAAAACAACAAAUCUUUCCCCCAAAAAAACACCAUGAAAACCUUCUCUCUCCUUCCAUCCAUCUCUACCAUUCUUCUUGUUCUUCUUUUCGCUCACACGUUACAAACCCUAGCUAAAAAUGAAGAAAAACCCACUUCAGAACUCUCAAUCCUCAUCAAAAUCAAGUCGAUUUUAGACCCAAAUGGCGAAACCCUAACUUCUUGGUCCCCAGAUGCAGCUUCUUACUGUGAUGGAACAUUUGAGGGUGUUGCUUGUGACGAAUUAGGUCAAGUGAUGAAUAUUUCUCUUCAGGGUAAAGGGCUUUUUGGUCAAAUACCUCCUGAAAUUGGUCAGCUUAAAAGCUUGUCUGGGUUGUACCUGCAUUUUAAUGGUUUGAACGGUGAAAUCCCUAAAGAGAUUGCUGAGUUGACUCAGCUUACCGAUUUGUAUCUGAAUGUUAAUAAUCUUUCUGGAGAAAUUCCUCCUGAGUUUGAGAAAAUGGAGAAUCUUCGAGUUUUGCAAUUAUGCUACAACCAAUUGAGUGGAAGCUUGCCUACACAACUUGGCUCUUUGAAAAAACUCAAUGUUCUUGCUGUUCAAUACAACCAACUCACGGGUGCAAUUCCUGCUGCACUUGGAAAUUUGGGGACUUUAGAGAGAUUGGAUUUAAGUUUCAAUCGCCUUUUUGGCUCAAUUCCAAUGAAACUAGCCGAUGCCCCCUUGUUGAUGGUGUUAGAUGUACGAAAUAAUACACUUUCGGGCAAUGUCCCUUUAGUUUUGAAGAAACUUGACCAAGGGUUUCAAUACUCAAACAACACCGAGUUAUGUGGAUCCGGUUUUCCCGAUCUAAAACUUUGCAACUCUUCUUAUGGUCCCGAAAACCCAAACAAACCCGAACCAUUUGGACCACAAUCAAAAGGAGUCGAACCAAAAGCCAUCCCACAAUCUGCAAACAUAACCACAUCUCGGUCAAAGUCAACAAACUCCGGUCUAGCGGCCUUACUCGGAGCCAUUCUCUCCACCAUGCUAUUGAUCGCCGGAAUAUUCUCUUUCAUUUGGUAUCGCCGGAGAAAACAAAGAAUUGGAACCGCUUUUGAAACCUCCGAUAGCCGGAUAAGCACCGAUCAUUAUCAGAUCAAAGAAUCCGGCAACCGGAAAAGUGGGUCCCCACUUAUAAGCCUCGAGUACUCAACAGGGUGGGACCCGAUGUCAAAAAGUCAAACCGGAAGUGGGGUUUUGUCGGAAGUUCUUGAAAGUUAUGUUUUCAAUGUGGAUGAUGUGGAAUCCGCGACUCGGUUUUUUUCGGAUUCGAAUUUGUUAGGGAAGAGUAGUUUUUCGGCUACUUAUAGAGGGAUUUUGAGGGAUGGAUCGGUUGUUGCUAUUAAAAGGAUAGCGAAAACGAGUUGUAAAAACGAUGAAUCGGAGUUUUUGAAGGGAUUAAGGAUUUUAACCUCGUUGAAACAUGAGAAUCUUUUGAGGUUACGAGGUUUUUGUUGUUCGAAAGGAAGGGGUGAAUGUUUUUUGAUUUAUGAUUAUGUGGCUAAGGGGAAUUUGUUGAGGUAUCUUGAUGUGAAGGGCAAUUCGGGAAAUGGAAAUGUUCUUGAUUGGUCAACUCGGUUCUCGAUAAUUAAAGGCAUUGCUAAAGGUAUCGAGUAUCUACACGCGAUCAAAGGAAAAAAACCGGCUCUUGUUCACCAAAACAUAUCCGCCGAAAAAAUCCUCAUCGAUCAACACCACGCGCCACUCCUCGCUGGAUCCGGCCUCCAUAAACUACUUGCGGACGAUAUCGUCUUUUCAACUCUCAAAGCAAGUGCAGCCAUGGGAUACCUAGCUCCCGAAUACACAACAACUGGAAAAUUCACUGAAAAAAGCGACGUCUACGCCUUCGGUAUCCUAAUUUUUCAAAUCAUAUCGGGAAAAAGUAAAAUCGGUUCAUUGAUUAGGCAAGGGGCAGAAUUGGAAAAGUUGGAAGAUUUCAUGGAUGUGAAUCUUGAUGGGAAGUUUCCGGAAGUUGAGGCGGUUUUGGUUGGGAAAAUUGCGUUGAUUUGUACUCAUGAGUGUCCAGAAUCGAGGCCGGUGAUUGGGGCUGUGGUGCAAGAAUUAAGUAAAAUGUCGGUUCUACCCCUUGAUUUGUAAAUCGAUAUUAGGUUCGAGUUUCUCACUCGAAUUAGUUAAGUAGUUGUUUUAGUGUAUGUUCUGGAUUACGCAAUCUGGGUUUGUUUAGGAUUUGUAGGUUUAAUUGUGGUUUGACUUUGACUGAAAUUUGAUGUUUUCAUUUUUAGAGAUGAAAUUCUCAAACCCAUAUUAGUGACAAGUCUUUAUAAUGACCUUGUUUAGAGUUGGAACUUUGUUUCUAAUAUGUUUAUGUUGUGUGAUAUCAAGAUUAAUAAAGUAAAGAGUACGAAUUGCUAAAA